CCCUGCCUCCGGUGUUUGCGGCGCUCGGGGCGGCGCGGGUGCUGCCCGGAGUUUCUCAGACAGCCCCCGCCUCCCCCUCGCCCCACGCACGGGCCGCAGUUCUUUUUUUCUAUUGGAGUUGGGCGUGCGGGUGACCGCGUCGAACUGUUUGAGCCUCAGGACAUGGUGUUAAAAGUGGAACUUGAAAACACCGCGGAGGAAUGCGGUGGGACCCCUUAGCCACCAAGCCGAUUUUUGGAUCUGGGUCGGAGCCUCGGCGACUCUCUCUCCGCCCUGUGUCUGCGGCCAGGUCUUUGCUUUGUGGAGGCAGGAUGGACAGAUUCCUGGUGAAGGGGGCUUUAGGAGACCCUCUGGGAAAGAGGGAGCGAGAGGCGGGUGGAGAAGGUCCAGCAGGCCUGCAAGGAGACCAGGAGAGUGGCAGGAAAAGGCUGAGGGCCGAGACCCCGGGGAUCGCAGGCCACCUGGCCGGCCCCGGCUGGCAGCACAUCCGAGCCGAGGGUCUGAGCUGUGAUUACACCGUCCUGUUUGGCAAAGCCGAAGCAGACAAGAUUUUCCAGGAGCUGGAGCGGGAAGUGGAGUAUUUUACAGGCGCGCUGGCCAGGGUCCAGGUGUUUGGGAAGUGGCACCCUGUACCCCGGAAGCAGGCAACAUAUGGCAGCGCGGGGCUGACCUACACAUUUUCGGGCCUUACUCUGUCCCCAAAGCCCUGGAUCCCAGUCCUGGAGCGCAUCCGGGAUCGCGUUUCUGCUGUGACAGGAGAGACCUUCAACUUUGUGCUCGUCAACAGGUACAAAGAUGGCCGUGACCACAUCGGUGAGCACAGAGAUGAUGAAAGGGAACUGGCUCCCGGGAGCCCCAUAGCCUCUGUCUCCUUUGGGGCCUGCAGAGACUUCUUCUUCCGGCAUAAGGAUUCUCGGGGGAGGCAGCCUGCCCGGAAGGUGGACGUGGUCAGGCUUCAGCUGGCCCACGGAAGUUUGCUUAUGAUGAACCACCCGACCAACACUCACUGGUAUCACAGUCUCCCCGUCCGAAAGAAGAUUCUAGCUCCACGGGUCAAUCUGACAUUUCGCAAAAUCUUGCCUGCUAAAAAGUAAAAACUUGGUCAGUAGCUCGUAGGUUGAUUUUCUCCUUCCCUCUCUACUCCAGCAGGGAGCUGGCAUCCCGUUCCCAAAAGGGAACAGAAGAGGUUAAAUCCAAGUGUCAGUAGGGCCCACUGCAGAGCACUGCAGAAUUCCCUAAGAGGAUGGUUUUCUCAAACUGGCCAAGUAUGAAAGAAUACCAGUUGAUUUUUUUUUCCUAACAAAAGAUUCUUUUAUUACUAUAAUACACAGCAGAUACAAAAGGUACCUUUAGCAGAUACAUAAAUCAGCAGUUAUCAUGGCACAAACUACUAGUUUAACCUCCGGUUUUUGCCAAGAGAAGCCACUUCGUAAAUAACUUAAAGCCAGAAAUAAGAUGAUGUGGCUGCUACUAACAGUUUACAGAAUGAGGAAGUCAGUUCUGAGUCCGAGGAAGAGACUCUGCACAGGGAUCAUUCACAUUUACGACCUUGGCUCACACCCUGGCCUCUGACCGAAGGUCUGCUGACAGCUAACUGUUCAGAGGAUCAUCCCCUUUCGUGCCCAGUGUGUCUCUUUAGUGGCAGACUUCAAAGAGGAAGCAGUGGCAGAAGAGCAGUGACUGAAAGCUACGACUUUGUGACGCCAUGUAAGGUCACAGAACUGGGCAUUUGUUCCACCAGACUCAGGCAGAACAGGUGGGCUCAGCUCAACGUCAAAGCCAGGGCCCGCCAGGCAGUCAGGAAGGGGCGUCAGCAGUGAAGGCCUCAUGCUUCGAGCUGCUCUCUCUCCCUGAUACCCGUGGCCUGGAGAACCUUCACAGUAUAUUCUAUCGGUAGCAAGUUUUGAGUCCUCGGGGGUACGGGGCCAGGCGGGAUAGUGAUCACCUGGGCCACUUAACGCUUCGAGCCAACACCCAGGCAUUGUCUAGAGGCAUCUGCCAGCUUGCCCCCCACCCAGGGGGGGAGUGGGGUCCUCAGCCUUACCUUGGGGGACCUUUCAGACUACUCUGAUUCCAAAUCUUAACUCUGAAGAAUCCCUUUGAAUUUGGUAUCUUUUUUUUUUUUUUUUUUAAAUAAAAAAACCUAGCUGAAACAGAUACUACUGUGUCCUCAAACCUCCUGUGGUCCUGGGUGGCAUUCAUGACACUUAUCCAAAGAGGGAAGAGAAUGCUCAAUACAGUCUUUGUAUGGGGCUACUAGAAACUGAUAAGUUUAGAAUAUGGACCUGCAAUAAAAUGACAAUAGCAGAUGA